AUGUCGUCCUCCAUCAGCUCCACGACUAUGGGCCGCGCCAGGGCGGCGCUUCUCCUGGUGGCGGCGCUGGCGGCCGCCCGCGGGGCCUCGGCGGCGGCGCUGCAGUGCGCGCAGGUUGCACAGCUCAUGGCGCCGUGCAUGCCCUACCUGACGGGCGCGCCCGGGAUGACGCCCUACGGCAUCUGCUGCAACUGCCUCGGCGUGCUCAACCAGCUCGCCGCCACGCCCGCCGAUCGCGUCGCCGCCUGCAGAUGCGUCAAGGCCGCCGCCGGGGGGUUCCCGUCCGUCGACUUCGCGCGCGCCGCGGGGCUCCCCGCCGCCUGCGGGCUCUCCAUCAGCUUCGCCAUCUCACCCAACAUGGACUGCAUCCGAGUUACAGAGGAAGAACCGUGA